CCGCCCACAGUUCAAGUUGGAAAGAUGGAGCGGGCCUUUGGGUCGGUGACUCGUUCCUCUUCGCGGGACUUGGGGAGAGUGGCUGGGACAGAAAACAGGGCCUCGGUCCCUGCCACACACCGAAAAGACUUCCGUGUGCUCUGCACCUCGAAGCGAGCCGUGACGGAAAUGCUAGAACUGUGCAGCAGCUUCGUGCAGAAGCUCGGGGACGCGCUGCCUGAGGAGAUUCGGGAGCCCGCGCUGCGAGAUGCGCAGUGGACUUUUGAAUCAGCUGUUCAAGAGAACGUCAGCAUUAAUGGGCAAGCAUGGCACGAAGCCUCAGACAGUUGCUUUAUGGAUUCUGAUAUCAAAGUCCUUGAAGACCAGUUUGAUGAAAUCAUAGUUGAUUUAGCCACAAAACGUAAGCAGUAUCCCAGAAAGAUCCUUGAAUGUGUCAUCAAAAUCAUAAAGGCACAACAAGAGAUUCUGAAGCAGUACCACCCUGUUGUACAUCCGUUGGACCUAAAGUAUGACCCUGAUCCAGCCCCUCGGAUGGAAAACUUGAGAUGCAGAGGAGAAACAGUAGCUAAGGAGAUCAGUGAAGCCAUGAAGUCCUUACCUGCAUUAAUUGAACAAGGAGAUGGAUUUUCCCAAGUUUUAAAGAUGCAGCCUCUCAUCCAGCUCCAGAGAGUCCACCAGGAGGUCUUCUCCGGUUGCUGUAGGAAACCAGAUGUUAAACCCGAGAGCUUAAUAGCACAAAUAGAAACCACACCGGCAGAGACUUCUACUAGGACAACUACUGACUUGGUACUGAGAAGAAAGCAAACUAAAGACUGCCCCCAGAGAAAAUGGUAUCCAUUGCGGCCAAAGAGAAUUAACCUUGAUACAUAAGCCCUUUUGGUUCAUCUUAAGAGGUGAAAUUAGGCACUGUCAACAUUUAGAUUACAGCCUAAUGCCUGGACAGGACUUUGUUUGCAGAUAACUAGUGAUUCCUUAAUACAAAUAGAAUGGCGCUAUGCUGGGGUAUGAUGUAGUAUUUUCAUCUGUAGUCCAUGAAAAGCAUGUUGUUUGAAUAUUGGCACAAAGCCUGUCAACAGUCAUUAAGAGUGCAAACUUUUACUGUCCUUAAAUACCAUCAGCACUUGGCUGCCUUACAGCUUUUGUGGAAUUUCAGAAGUAACAUAUUCCACUGGGUUUCCCAGAUACACAUCUUUGUUUAAAAAAGAGCUGUAGCAGUUAUCUUUAUUUAAGGGCUGAAAGUCAUCGUCAUUUCUGCACAGUAGCAGAUGCAGCUGUUUUCUUGGGUACCUCCCCCAGUGCAGUUGCUUUAUCAAAUUAACAUGCAGAUGACAAGACUGGCUUUGACUUUGUUACUCUAAGUUCCACUAAUUUGAAUUUGUGGGAUUAAUUUUAGAAUUUUUUUGGUUUUGUUUUGUAAGACAAAGAUGAUUAUUUGUGUAAGAAUUUCUCUUAGAAAUAAAACUUGCCAUGUAGCUGGUGUUUCUUACCCACACUUUUGUUUUCCAUAGAUUAACUUUUAAAUAUGUUGACUUGGAAUGAAUAAUUUCUUUUCAGGAUUUCUCAUUAUUUUUUGUAGAUGAAUCCAGUUCAAAAAUAUAUAUCAGAUUAAUACAUUAAACAAAUUGUCACUGUGGAAGAAAUACAGAUGCAAUCAUAUUGAACUAUUUUACAUUUGAGAGUAUUUACAUAUCAAGUAUAUAAUCAUUGGUACAAAGAAGUCUGAGAAAGCAGUAUUGCCUAUACUGCUGAACAUUUAAGUAGAGUUUCUCUAGCUCUUAUUGUUUCUCUUACUCACAUUAACACAAUGUAGGCAUGGCCAUAUAAUUUGCCAGCUGUUUUCUUACAAACGAUUGUAUACCUUCAUGCCUUUACAGAGGAAUUUACUAAUCACGAGGUUGGAAAAUAAUGUACUUCUCUUGUUCAUUUUGUCUUAAUAAUCAUGAACGAGAAAGUCUGUCUCGGUGAAGAAAACAGCUACUUUAUUGCAUCCUGAAUUUGAGUGUUACAACUUGAGAUCUGUAUAUUUGUAUACAAUAAUGUAUUUUUAUUAAAAUGUACAAAGA